UCUGAAGUAGAAGCUUUGGUACUAUUCAGAGAAAUGUCGUUUCGUAGCAUUGUUCGUGAUGUUAGAGAUAGUAUAGGGAGCUUUUCGAGACGUAGUUUCGAAGCUAAAGUGUCUAAUGGGAUUCAUGAGAAGAGUAAAUCUCACGGUGCAUCGGUUGAGACACUUAAUAAAGAUCUUGUUGUAAUCAAGAACACUCGUUGGGCUAAUUUGCCAGCUGAACUGCUACGAGAUGUGAUGAGAAAGUUGGAUGAAAGCGAGAGCACGUGGCCUGCUCGUAAACAAGUUGUUGCUUGUGCUGGUGUCUGCAAAAUGUGGAGAUUAAUGUGUAAAGAGAUUGUGAAAAGUCCUGAGUUCUCCGGCAAACUCACGUUUCCUGUUUCGUUGAAACAGCCGGGGCCUAGGGAGGGAACCAUACAAUGUUUUAUCAAAAGGGACAAGUCUAAUAUGACUUACCAUCUUUACCUUUCUCUUAGUCCUGCCUUACUUGUUGAAAGUGGAAAGUUUCUUCUCUCGGCAAAGCGCACACGGAGAACUACAUUCACAGAGUAUGUGAUAUCAAUGGAUGCUGACAACAUUUCAAGCUCAAGUAGCACUUACAUUGCCAAACUGAGGUCUAACUUUCUUGGGACAAAAUUCAUAAUAUACGACACAGCGCCUGCGAACAACGGUUGCCAAAUACUGUCACCACCAAACCGGAGUCGUAGGUUCAACUCCAAGAAAGUCUCACCCAAAGUCCCCUCUGGAAAUUACAACGUCGCUCAGGUUACAUAUGAGCUGAACCUGCUUGGAACCCGUGGACCGCGCAAGAUGCAUUGCACUAUGCACUCUAUCCCCUCCUUGGCUCUAGAAACCGGCGGCAUUGUCCCUGGCCAACCUGAGGUUCUGCAACGUUCCCUUGAUGAAGCUUUCCGCAGCAUCGGUUCCUCAAAGAUACUCGACUUCUCAGGAGAUUUCAGCAGCGCCCGGUUCUCAGACAUUGUUGUACCGCAAGAAGAAGAAGGAAAGGAGGGACCUUUGUUGCUAAGAAACAAACCGCCAAGGUGGCACCCACAGUUGCAAUGCUGGUGCCUUAACUUCAGAGGGAGAGUGACAAUUGCCUCGGUAAAGAACUUCCAGUUGGUAUCCGCCGCAACGGUUCAGCCCUGUUCUGGUAGUGAUGCGACUAAAACAUUGACCACGAGACCAUCAGCACCAGCACAGCAGCCAGGGCCAUCAGAUCAUGAGAAGAUCAUACUACAGUUUGGGAAAGUGGGCAAGGACAUGUUCACUAUGGACUAUCGCUAUCCUCUCUCUGCCUUUCAAGCCUUUGCUAUUUACUUGAGCAGCUUCGACACUAAAUUGGCAUGUGAAUAAAUAAGUAGAAAGACACCAAUGCUCCACAACAUAAGAUGGGGUUAGUUUAUAUAUAUAUAGGAACCGUUUGGAUCUAUACCAUAUUGAUUAUGCUAAGGCUUGUUUGGUUUUGUUUAUCGGAUCUGGUGUGCUAGUGAAUUUGAACGUUAUGGUUGUUAUUAAUUGUUAUCUUUAAA